UCGCCCCGCUCGAAAUUUUGAAUUCUGUUCAACCACCCAAGUCGACCAGCGAUGCUGCCGGCGGCCAGUCCCGGCUGCCGAUUACGGAGGGGCCCGAGCGAAGACGCUCUGCCGUCAGGGAAGCGGUCGCGCGACCUCGAGGACUCCAGCACCGGCUCUGAUUCCGACUCGCCCUCCAGCUCGGGCUCCGGCUCGGACACCGACGGCGACUUCGUCAGCGACUUGAGAGAGAUCGUGUGCCUGCUGCGGCUGAUCAAGGGCGGGGCCAACAAGGAUGGCCAGAAGAUGUGCGAGCAAAUUAUCGCCAGUGUUGCAGCAGAUAUUCAGAGUAUGCUUGAAGAUACCAAGUUGAAAUUUGAGAAGGAAAGGCAGAAUUUGCUGAAAGUACUCUCCAACACUUCCAAAGAGCAGUGUGAAAGUUCGUUGAGUGAAGAGUGCACUAAGCUUCAAGAAACAUAUGAAAUGUUCUGUCAAGAAAAAGAUGCACACCUACAGACCUUCAGAGACCUGUUCUCACAAGUUGAAGUUGAGAAGAAAAAAUUGCUUGAGCAGUAUGAACAGCAUAGGACACAGAAGACAGCUACGUUAUCUGAAUUUGGCAACACCUUCCCAGAGAAGAUAACAAAUGCAGAACCAUCACCGAGAAGGAUGAAGCAGGGUGAUAAAUCUUUCAUCAUCUUCCGCAAGACGAUUGGUUCAUUUCUCGAGUGCGGAUCAGAUGAUGAUUUUGACCUUGACAAUGAGUGACCGUGCUCCUCUUACUACUAAUCCUUGCAAGGAACAUAUACAGAAGGAUUUCUUCAUUUUUCCUUUGUUAUUUCUCUUUUAGAUUUAUGUUUGUUUGUUUAACUGAGAUGUGGAGCAUCUUGAAAUUUUGAAGUAUAACUUAGAGGUGGGAAAUGCUCUGGAGAUGCUUAUAAUUUGUAUUAAGUUCAUUGUUUCAGAUCGGUGGACAGGAAGUGUAUCACAAACCAUAAUCAUAACCUUGGAUUGGUUGGUGAAUAGCAGCAAGAUGUUGCAACUAUUUGAGCACCAUAUUUUUAACUGCUGUUUGCAGUCCCUGCAGACAAUG